CGUAGCCUGCGAUCACACUCGUAACUGCGAGAGGCAGGAUCGCAUCCCUCUUUUUAGAACGAUCUGAGAUGUUCGUCAAGCGAAAUCUUACUACACCUUCUCUCCCCCGAUUCCUUAUUCCGGCGUCGCCUUGGGCUUUGCAGCGGCUGAUCUGCGCUCACUUUCGGGAGCGCAGCUAAAUAAAAAGAGAAAGGUCACACGAAGUGGGAGAUUUGCGUGCGCCGAGGAUGAUUUGUGACAACCGGGAGCUCAUCAAGCUACAUCGGCAGUAACUUAAAAGAUCACAGUUAAAACGGGUUUACACUCAAGCGGCUGAAGAUAUUUUUUAAUCAUGCCUGUUCGGAGAGGUCAUGUCGCGCCUCAGAACACGUUUCUGGGCAUUAUUAUAAGGAAAUUCGAGGGACAAAACAAGAGGUUCGUCAUAGCCAACGCCAGAGUGGAGAACUGUGCCAUCAUCUACUGUAACGAUGGCUUCUGUGAGAUGACAGGCUUCUCCAGGUCGGACGUCAUACAGAAGCCGUGCACCUGUGACUUCCUCCACGGCGAGCUCACCAAGAGGCACGCCAUCGCACAGGUGGCUCAGGCCGUGCUGGGCUCUGAGGAGAGGAAGGUGGAAAUCACAUACCAUCGCAAGGACGGAUCCGACUUCCUGUGCAACAUUCACAUAAUCCCGGUGAAGAACGAGGAAGGUGUGGCGAUGAUGUUCAUCCUAAAUUUUGAUUACAUGCUGGACGAGGGAAGCAGCGACUCUCUGGAGAAGCUGGGCCAAACAACUCCACCCAAAUCUGACCACAAAAAGGGAAGAUUUUUCCGGUUACGACUACCAGCCUUGAACCUACUGGGCAGCAGCAAGCAGUCGCUUCCUCAGGAGGAUCCGGAUGCUGUGAUGAUAGAUCUCCCCAAACGGAGCGACGAAUCCAUCACAAUGAGGGAUUUAAAGUCCCCCACCAAAGAGAGCUGCAGCCCCUCGGAAGUGGACGACACCAGGGCCCUCAUCGGCUCAAGCCGGUGUCUGACGCCCGUCAAUGUCUCAGGGCCCCUUGAUCACUCCUCCCCCAAGUGGCAGUGGGACCGAUUAUACCCUGACCCUCCCCAGGCCAUCACCUUCCUAGCCCAGGGUACACUGCGGGAUAGUCUCUACAGCAUGAGACGGGCGUCCUCUGUCCAGGACAUCGAGGCCUUCAGGUCCAGCACCAAGAGUGCAUUCAGGGACCGUCAUCCAAGUGAAGGCUGCUCGUCAGACGACGGUCAGAAUGUGAAAGGUCCAUUCAACCAUCUAAAAUCAAGCCUACUAGGCUCUACGUCAGAUUCCAACCUCAAUAAGUACAGCACCAUCAACAAAAUCCCACUUAUUACGCUCAACUUCUCCGAAGCAAACAACGAGAAGAAGAUGGCUUCCCCUCCGACGUCGGAGAAGACCAUAAUUGCACCAAAGGUCAAGGACCGAACGCACAAUGUUACAGAGAAAGUUACACAGGGGGAGUUUGUCUUCGGAAGUACCCUGCCCGUAACUGCCACCGGGCAGAUGCAACAAGUUCUGUUCACAUGCGGAAGACCGCAAAGGGUACUGUCGCUGGGUGCAGAUGUGUUGCCGGAAUAUAAAUUACAGACGCCACGUAUCGAGAGGUUGACCAUACUCCACUACAGCCCCUUCAAGGCCGUGUGGGAUUGGCUCAUCCUCCUGCUGGUCAUCUACACAGCCAUCUUCACUCCCUACUCCGCUGCCUUCCUCCUCAAUGACCAGGAGGAGCAGAAACGGCGCGAGUGCGGCUACUCCUGCAACCCGCUGAACCUGGUGGACCUCAUAGUGGACAUCAUGUUCAUCAUAGACAUCCUGAUCAACUUCCGCACCACCUACGUCAACCUCAACGACGAGGUGGUCAGCCACUCGGGAAAGAUCGCCGUCAACUACUUCAAGGGCUGGUUCCUGAUUGACAUGGUUGCUGCCAUCCCCUUCGACUUGCUCAUAUUCGGAUCUGGGUCUGAUGAAACGACCACUUUGAUUGGCCUGCUGAAGACGGCUCGUCUGCUACGGUUGGUCCGCGUGGCCCGGAAGCUUGACCGCUACUCGGAGUACGGAGCCGCCGUGCUCAUGCUGCUCAUGUGCAUCUUCGCCCUCAUCGCCCACUGGCUGGCCUGCAUCUGGUACGCAAUCGGCAACGUGGAGAAGCCGUACCUGGAGCACAACAUCGGCUGGCUGGAUAACCUGGGCGUGUCCAUCGGGAAGAACUACAACUACAGCGACCCCAACUCUGGGCCCUCCAUCAAGGACAAGUAUGUGACGGCGCUCUACUUCACCUUCAGUAGCCUGACCAGCGUCGGCUUUGGCAACGUCUCGCCCAACACCAACUCUGAGAAGAUCUUCUCCAUAUGCGUCAUGCUGAUUGGCUCCCUGAUGUACGCCAGCAUCUUCGGCAACGUGUCGGCCAUCAUCCAGCGGCUGUACUCGGGCACGGCGCGCUACCACACGCAGAUGCUGCGGGUACGAGAGUUCAUCCGCUUCCACCAGAUCCCCAACCCCCUGCGGCAGCGCCUGGAGGAGUACUUUCAGCACGCCUGGACCUACACCAACGGCAUCGACAUGAACAUGGUCCUAAAAGGUUUCCCAGAAUGCCUCCAGGCAGACAUCUGCCUCCACCUCCACCAGAACCUGCUAGAGAGCUGCAAAGCCUUCCGGGGGGCCACCAAGGGCUGCCUUCGGGCCCUGGCCAUGAAGUUUAAGACCACCCACUCCCCCCCUGGAGACACACUGGUCCACAGCGGCGACGUCCUCACUGCGCUCUACUUCAUGUCCCGUGGCUCCAUCGAGAUCCUGAAGGACGACAUUGUGGUGGCGAUACUGGGAAAGAACGACAUCUUCGGUGAAAUGAUCCACCAAUACGCUAAGCCUGGGAAGUCCAACGCAGAUGUCAGGGCACUGAGUUACUGUGACCUGCACACCAUCCAGAGGGAAGACCUCCUGGAAGUGCUGGACAUGUAUCCAGAGUUUUCAGACCACUUCCUGACCAACCUGGAGCUCACGUUCAACCUGAGGGACGAACCGGCUAAGGCUAAUUUUUCACACAGCAGUGAGUCGGAUGGGGACAGUGUCAGAUUCAGAAGAAAUAUUUCCUUUAUGCAAAAGCCAUCGCAUGGAGGAAACAAUGAUGGACUGAGCGAGGCUGGUGCAGAGCAGUACUUCUACCCAAGGAGGGACUCCGAGGACAGAGGUGACACCGGCCAGGAGGAGGAGGAGGAGCAGAGGCCUCUGUGUACCGGGAUCCAGGGCUACCCUUUAGUACGGGACCAGAGCCUUAGUCCGGACCUAAAGUACACCACUGACAUCCAUGCAAGACACCAUCUGGAGCAGAGUCAGUUAUUCAAAGAUCGUCGUGGUGAAGAAUGGGCUUGUGAGAGGCUGAUGGGCCGUAUUGAUGAGUUGGGGCAAUCCCAAGACUCAAAGGGCGCGGACGAAACGGAGAGCGACAUCACGUACGGGGAAGUGGAGCACCGACUGGACCUCCUGCAGGAGCACCUGAACAGGCUGGAGUCCCAGAUGACGUCGGACAUUCAGGCCAUCCUGGAGCUGCUGCAGAGACAGUCCGCCGUGGGACCCCCUGACUACAGCACUCUGACAGCCAGGGUGGAGCAGCACAGACCUGCCAUCAGGGUCACACCUGUCACAGCCAGCCAGACUGAGCACAGCAGCCAUCUCGCCUCCUCACAGGGCCUAGAAUCCCACACCUUGGAGACAUCAAUCAAGAAGCCCAAAGAAUCUCUAUCAGGUAUGGACGAUAUGGAGGGAGCUUCAGGAGACAGCUUCCCGGCUCUGUCCCAGCUGCACGUAGAAGGGAGCGGCAGGAACCAGCAGAACCGGCCACCUUCCCUCGACCAGCAUCAGUCCAAAUCCCAGUCUCUUUCGAUGCGACACCCUUCCUUGCCUGACUCACCGCUCACCACCGGAGGAACUGUGGGGCUCUAUAGGCCAGUGUCAGAUCCUGGGCUUCCCGGGAAGCAGGCCUGAGAAUUAUCAUUAUGCCUCCAUUGCAACAAAAAUCCUUUGAUGUUUGACUCAGGGUCUAGAAGGAAACUGUAUUGUCAUAUGCAAGGAAUACUGCAGCCCCCUAACCUGCCUCAUUCAUAUAUACAAUUCUAGACACUUAAUUCAACAAAUAGUCAUUAAAGGGAACACAUUCUUUAUAUAUCAUGUACACUGCCAGCAGCACAAGGCACCUUACCGUACUCGUCCCAAAAAAAAAUGCAUGUUUAAAAACAUUUUCCUUUUAGAUGACGCUUACUCAGACAAACCUAAAUGCACAGCAUGAACCUUUUAAACUAUAAACUGCAGCAUCAGAAUAAGUGUUCAUUAAAUUUGACUGCAAAAUGUAAACAUACCAUUAAAAAUGCUUUAAGGUUCCACGUAAAAUACAUCCAUACACAGGCUCAGCAUAUUGUUCAGUAACCAAGUCACACUGUAGUCCACACAAUCCACAUACACAAUAGUUGUUUCAGUAUAAGCAACUGUUCAUUCUUUUCAAACACCACAAAAUUUAUACAAAAUCUGGGAUUGCUUUAAGGGGAAAAUGCAUACGAAUAAUAUGUCCUGAUCUAACAGCAAUAAUAUCAACUUCAGCAUGUGAUUUUGGAUCAAUAUUUCAAAAUUAAGUGUUUUUCCAUCUGUCCAUUUUCUCAGACAUUUGUUUCAAUUGUUUUUCCACCUAUCAAGUUUAAUAUAUUUAUCUACACAAUUGAAACAACAUACCUACCCUAAAUUCGUAAUUUAGGGUUAAAUAUUUAGGGUAUAUUUUUUACCCUUUUGAUAGAGUACAUGCACAGAGUUUUAAUAUGGAUUUCUGUUUCAUUUUAAAUGCUGAACUUUUAAUUUGAUAUACAAACUGGAUGGUGCAUCACUUGGGAUUAUUGUGACAUAAUUAACUCAUAAUUGCUGAACUGAUAUAAGUAUAAAAUCCAAUAAUAAUUGAAAGAACUGUUAUUAAAGCUUCCAUCCUCAACAAUAGCAGUAAUAAUAUUAUAGAGAAAAUUUUACAAAAUCAUUAUAGAGCAUUUGCAAUGGCUGUUGGGGUCUGGGUUUAAAGUGAAAUGUUUAGUUAUUUAAAGCAUAAACAAUUUUUUAAAAAUCAUCAGGCACAAUACAUUUACAAAGGCAAGAAAAUAGCUGUCAUUCAAACAUAAUUAGUGCCAUUUAAUUUCUCCCCCAAAAUUAAUAGUAUCACACUCUGAUUCUCAUCAACGGGCUUGUGGUCUGAAACAUAUGGUCCAGUGGACAUUCCAAAAAAAUGCAAGAAAAAGUCUGUUUCCAAAGUUACUGGUUAUUAAUGUUGAAAAUGGACGUUUGGGUCUCAGUAC